AGAGUUAUAUAUUGAGUUGCAGGGAGUUGAUUAGACCAUCUAAAUCUGAAAAAGAAAAGUUAUUAUAUGUUUCCAAGGCUGUUACAAGGAGGAGGAAGAAAGGAAAAAAUUCAAAAUUCUAGUUGCUAUUUUCAGUUUUUAGUCCAAAUUGCAUCAGCUCAUUAAAAACAAAGAAUUUACAAAGGGCCUAGUCCAUAACUCUAAUAGAAAAUUAAUGUAAGUCAGAAGUAUAUGAAUAUAUAUAUUUUUAAUUAAGUGAUAUACAGCGGCAGGUAACACUAAUAUAGCUAUUAUGCAUGAUGUUUAUAAAUGAGAUUAUGUUUGCAUUCUUGCUCACACCAGUGUUUUGGAAAAUAUUAAGAUAAUAUUACCUUAACUACAAAAAUAAAACCAAAGUAGUCUGCCUAGCAUUCUAUCAUCCUCAUUUCAGUAAGCUAAAAUGUGAUAGUAAUUUAUCUUCAUGAUUGGUGGUUUUGAAAGAUUCCCCGAAUGUCUUUGUUAUCAAAGACAAAAUAUCAUUUGAUACAGUUUUAUUUAAAAAAACUUUGAUGUAGUUUUAACGAUGAGGUUUUUAUGACCCUUCGAGUCUUGAAUAUUUGAGAAAUCACAUAUGGUAUAGAAACAACUUCUCUUAAUCUAACAAGCAAUUACUCAGAAAAAUCCAUUCUCUAAUAAGCUUGUACUCUAACAGAGCAUUUGUGAAAAAGGAAAUGUGGCCAGGGCAAAACAUUUCCUCUUUUUAUAAACCUUGAACUGAGUAUGUCCUUUACCAAUUAUAUAGGUUCCCUUGGGCCUCAGAACUUUCCACAAACGUUUCUGUCUCUAUGGUGAUGCACAGGCUGCUGAAGCAGAAGCUGGGUGAGAAGGAGGCGGUGGCGGGCAAGGGGCAGCCAUGGGGAGAAGGUCUGGCUGAAGAAAACCAUGCAGGGUCCUGAUUCUUUCAGACCGACUGAGACACCUUGCCAGGAGUCUGCAGAACCAUGUGGACAGGCCUGCCCUAACCUCCUACUGCUCACCACCAGGUGGCUGCUUGGGAGGCACAGGUGCUUCUGUUGGCUGCUUGCACCUGGGACCGGGAGACUCCCCUGGGAGCCCACUUCCUUUGAUGUUUAAACCUCACCCUUCUCCGGCCCUCAGAGGCCAUGACUCAGGUGAAAGGAGUCCAUUUUGCCCAGCCCCCUGGUCUCAUGGAGCCGUUCAGCAUCCCCGUUCAAAUUACACUCCAGGGCGGCCGGAGACGCCAGGGGAGGACAGCCUUUUCUACCUCAGGUGGGAAGAGAAACAUAGAUCACAGUGAUGGAGACCCACCAGAUAUGCAUAAGAAGCUGCCAUCCAGUGCUGGAGAGGACCGAGCCAUGCUGUUAGGGUUUGCAAUGAUGGGCUUCUCUGUCCUAAUGUUCUUCUUGCUUGGAAUCACCAUGCUAAAGCCCUUUAUGCUCAGCACUCAGAGAGAAGAAUCAAACUGCACCAUCAUCCACACACACAUCAUGGACGACUGGAUGGACUGUGCUUUCACCUGUGGGGUGGACUGCCAAGGUCAGGGCAAGUACCCAUGCCUGCAGGUGUUUGUGAACCUCACCCAUUCAGGUCAGAAAGCUCUCCUACAUUAUAAUGAAGAGGCUGUCCAGAUAAAUUCCAAGUGCUUUUACACACCCAAGUGCCGCCGGGAUGGAAAUGAUUUGCUUAACAGUGCUCUGAACAUAAAGGAAUUCUUUGAUCACAAAAACAGAACCCCCUUUUCUUGCUUCUAUAGUCCAGAUAACCAAUCCGAAGAUGUUAUUCUCAUAAAAAAGUAUGACCAGAUGGUUAUCUUCCACUGUCUGUUUUGGCCUUCCAUGACUAUGCUAGGUGGUGCUCUGAUUGUUGGCAUGGUGAGAUUAACACAGUACCUGUUUCUAUUGUGUGAAAAAUACAGCACUGCACUCAGAGAUGAGGUAAGUGGCAAAGUACCUUACGUGGCACGGAAUCAAUUCAAACUGUGGAGUGUGGGGAGGAGCAAAGGGAGGAGUCAAGAAAUCUUAUGAUGGUGGCCCAGUUAAAGUCCUGGCUUUCAGGAGUUCCUGUUGUGGCACAGUGGAAAAGAAUCUGACUAAGAACUGUGAGGUUGCAGGUUCCAUCCCUGGCCUCACUCAGUGGGUUAAGGAUCUG